GGACGUGAGACGAAUACUAGACGGACGGAAUGAGCGACUUCCGGAUGUCAAAAUGGCUUGUGGAACAUCGCCAAAUAUUGGGUUUUACAUGACAUGUGGAAGAUCAGGCGAUGAUUAUUCAGAUAAUACUAUAUUAGAGUGCAGAGUGUGUAAUGAAAUUUUCCGUUUCCAAGGAGACAAAGUUCCUCGACUCCUGGUCUGUGGUCACACUGUGUGCCACCAGUGUCUCACACGAAUUCCUCUCCAUGGCAAUGCACUGCAUUGUCCCUUCGACCGUCAGCCAACAGAAAUCGGAGACUCGGGUGUUUGGGGUCUGAAGAAAAACUUUGCUCUACUUGAACUCUUAGAGAAACUCCAGUAUCCUGUCACAAGUCACAACAACAAGACAAUCUUCUCGGAGGAGAGCUUAGCCAAAGAGAGACAAUUUGGUAUUCCAUGUGACGAGAAUGAGCUCCACACCGCCAUCGUCUUUUGUAUAGUCUGUUGUACUCACUUAUGUGUGGAGUGCUCAGAGCAGACUCACUCGACGAGAACACUCACAAAACACAAACGAGUCCCAAUAUCAGAGAAACCUCGAGAAAACCCCAAGUGUUCGUUUCACCCUCUGCAUCUUGUAGAAUUUGCAUGUUUGGAGGAGGAAUGUAAAAAUUCGCCACUGAUGUGUUAUAUCUGUAAAGAUUAUGGAAGGCAUGUUAAACACCGGCACACUCUCUUAGAAACGGAGGCAGAAAAUGUCCGUCGAUCCAUAACCAGUGCAGUCGUCCACGUCCGAUCGUUUGGAGAGGAAGUUGCUGAGUCAGCCAGGAAGUUGGGUCAAACUAUUCAGCAGGUUGAAGGGGGUGUACAAGUUAUUCACAAUGAUGAUGGUUCCAAUGGAGUUCAAGGGCUUCAGGGUACAGCAGAACUAUCCAGAGAAAAAAUCAAGGCCCACUUUGACGACUUACGUACCACGCUGAAUCGUCAGGAAGUCAUUGCCUUGACAACCGUAGAUGCCCACAUUCGAGAGAAGCUGUGUAUGUUGAGGCAGCAGCAGGAAGACAUGGCUACUCUUCUGUCCCAGGUGUCGGCUGUCUGUCACCAGUGUGAGGGCACCCUGCAGCAGGAUGAUACGAAAGUCUUGUUGGCAAAACAUGACGUGCAGACAUUGCUAGACACUAUACAGAAACAGCAGCAACAAUUCUCAGACAUCCCUGACCAUCUUCCACUGGAUCCAAACAUCCCAAUUACCUUUACCAAGGACAACCGAGUACAUAUAGGACCAAAGAUUGAAAUGCGGGUCGUGAUUUUGGGUUUAGAUGAUGCAGGGAAGACUAGUAUUUUAUUCAAGCUCAAAGAAAAUGAAUUCAUCACCACCAUACCUACCAUUGGCUUUAAUGUUGAGAGUGUAGAAUAUAAAAAUGUCAAGUUCACCAUCUGGGACGUCGGAGGUCAGCAGAAAAUUCGCCCUCUGUGGAAGCAUUACUUCUUCAAUACUCAAGCUGUCAUUUUUGUGGUAGACAGCAGCAACACAGACCGUCUCGCAGAGUCCUUUAACGAGCUCGCUAAACUUGUUCAGGAAAAAGAGCUGAAGGAAGCCUCACUACUCAUUUUUGCCAAUAAACAGGACGUGGAGAGCUGUGCGAGUAUCGAGACAAUCACGGAGAAUUUUGGUCUGUUUAAACUGUGUUGUAACAGAAGCUGGCACAUCCAGGCAUGCGAUGCUAAAAGUGGCUUCGGACUUCAGGAUGGCAUCGAGUGGUUGUCGCGUCAGAUGGUAGCCGCGGGAACGCCAGAGUAUGCCUGAUACACAGAGUCACGUAUUAGGAGCAGUAGAACUGAUUUUUGUUGUUAUUUGUAUACAGUUGUUAACAUUUUUAGUUUACCAUUAUUGCUUGUUUUUAUUUAUAUUGACAAUAAAAAAUAUAUUAAAAGAA